AUGCUGCAUUUCUCAGACAUCCUUGAGAAUGUAGUUAUGGAGUUCCGGACCCAUCGCUCAUCUAACAAUUUUCUCAGAUUGCUCUGGAGGCAACCACACUCCAUGAAGAUCUCAGAUGUGGAAGCCUCACCCAUCGCCCGGACUUUCCAGGAAUCAGAGGUUGGGACUGCGAAGCCUGCGCUGGGGAAGCUCGGAUGGUCUAUCGAGAACUGA